CUGCCGAAGAAAAAAUGGAACACAAGCCAUUGACGUAUGAUGCAAGCCAUGUUUUGGAUGCGAUUCCAGAAGAAGUGAUUGUUAUUGAUGAUGAACGCCGUUUACAACAAUCGGCAAAGAGGAAGCGAUUGCUCAAAUGUGAGCCUGAAUCACCGACUGUAUCAAUUCCCAAUGACGAUGUGCAAAAAUCCAUCUAUCAUUUCACCAAGGCCUACAAUGAUAUGCGCGAAUUGAAUGCGACACUCGAAAUGAAGUUGCAACAGAAGGAUUAUGAAAUUCAUUCGAUGAAGCAAUCACAUGGUCAGAAUUUGGCUGCAUUCGAACGAAAGAUUCAAGGUCUGCUAAAGGAUAGAAAUGAAUCGGAUAGAAAAUUGAAGGAUUUGGAAAUUAUGCUUGAAGAACUCGAGCAAUUAUCAAUCAACGAAAAUCAAACCUUGUUGACUCACAACGAAAAGACGGAAUUGAUCGAAGAAAAUGAACGACAAAUGAGGGUACUCAGCGCCAAGAAAGACAAAGAGCGACAGCAAGCACUAGCUGACGUCAAGCAACAGUAUGAACAAGAAUGUUCAGCUAUGGUCGAAGAGGCCAAAGGGAAGAAGUAUUGCAUCGGCUGCGGCUACACUCAACCGAACGACAUUUAUGUCUGUAACAUGAAGUGCCUGCAACGUGCAUGCAAGAAGUCGCAAUAGAAGAAUCCAGAACUCGACUCGAUUGGUGGGACAGAGACAAAGUGUCAUUGAACGAUAUACUUUUGUACGGCAACACGCAUGAAAUGC